UGUUCAUUUGGAGCGCUCAUCUCCUUUCCGAUUGUCCCCAUCUUCUGGGUUUGCCUUCGGUCCAGGCCACGCUACCGGUCUGCAAGAACUUUGCACGACUGGCACGAUGUCACCAACUUUGCUCCGCUGGCUUAUUCUCUUGCCGCUUCGAGUAGCUACACUUACAGGCCUUAUCUUUACGCUGGUCACUUCAAUCAUCCAACUGCGCAUCGAUGUGGCCUCCGCGUCGUCCUCGCAGUCUGCUGCACCGGCCCUCCCGGCAGUGUUAGCCGAGAACGAGACUACGGCAAUGCUGCAGGGUCCUAUUUGCACACUUUAUCCGGGCAGCGACGUGCCUUUACGUCCUACUGGCCCUUUUUUCAAUUUCCUGCACGCAAUCUUUCUAAUCGUCCUACUUGCGUCCAUGGUCAUCUCUGAAUUCCCGCUACCUUAUUUGCUCACCCACCGGACCGUGCGCAUUCAAGACGUCCUCGAACGCUGCAUGCCGCAGUUGAGUCACAAAUGGACGAGCACCACCAUGCUUGGACUAGGUAUGAUGGCCCUGGCGGCCGAUGUGAACAGCAGGAGCGUUCAGAGCAUCGACAGGGUUGGUGGCUGGUUGCUGUUAGCAGCCGGAUUCUUUAACGCUGUAGUGGGCUUGGUUUUUCGAAAGUGCAACAUGAAGCACCUGCGAUCACUAGACGUGCGAAAGGCUGCUUUAGCUACGGCCGCCUCGUCAUCUGGUUUGGCUGUGAAGGAGAAAGUGAAGCGCUAUGGGCACCCCGAGAAAUUCGAUCAAGGCCCAGCUGCCGUAGACGAAGGCUACUUGUUCAGAAGGCACCAAUUCGUCACUUCUACUGGAAAGCAGCAGGACUUGCCAAAGCCCGCAAUCUUUGAUGACAGUAGGAAUGUCAGUCCGAAGAAGCGAAAGGACAAGUCUCGUUUCGUUGCGCUUGUUCACCAGGGCGGUGCGUUCACCAGGCUAUCUCGUCAUAUCUUAAACAUCGCCAAACAGCCAGAAGCUCCGCAAUUUCAUCAUCAGUUUCAUGAUCAUUCUCACUGGAAAUACGAGCAAGCGAAAGAUGCUUUCCGCCACCGAAGAACAUCAGAGACUCCCAUCCAUACUUCUUCCCACCAGAUGCCCACGCAAACGCCAGUCGUCGUGACAGACUCGCGUCAAGAGCCUGGCACUUCGCUCUUCCGCUUAAUCAAUCCGUUCGAGGCACAGCCCGAUCCUCCCAAGAAAACGUUGGCUUCGACCAAAAGCCAGCAUGAAGACGAGGGCGGCCUUCGCAGACGAGCCUCAUCGACUCGCCGACAAUCUCAAGCUUUGCGUCUCGCAUCUUUGCCUGGCUACAGAGGACGCCAUUCUUUCCGCCAUGCUCCUGCAAGCCUUGACUUGUUGUCGCCAAAGAGCCAGGGUGUGGACUGCACUCUGCUUACGCCUUCGCUGGCUGAGCGCUCACCUGGCUUGGUGGAGCAGUGGCGGGCAGCAGCGCACGAGGCCAGGCGUCAAGCACGUGAGGCCAGUGCGAAAGCUCGACGCAGCUUGCAAGUCGUCAAGAGCGCGAAGAGCAACGAAACCAAAGCCCAAGUGAGGGAGCGUCCUGAUAAUCCAAAGAGGCGGAUCGGACGCGGUGUUGGCUUGGAGUACCGCAGUGCAAGUGAGGCGAGGGACCCCUCCAAGAAGGACCAAGAUGCUGUGGACACAACGCAGGCGUUGCAUCCCGCACCUGACGUCCAAGUAGUCACGUUAGCGCAGCAGACCGACAUCAAGAUCGCCCAGCAGCUACUAGCCAAAGCUGUCAAACGACACGAGAAUCAUCAGCAGCUCUGCGAAAGGUCCCAACGUCGCAAGAAGCGGCCAGCCGUGGUUCCUCCCGUAACUGCCGCACAAGGUGACGGGCAGAGCAAAGUCCGCGUUCUAUUUGAUGACGGCGCCAGCUUCCAGCUUGUGGAUAGCAAGUCUACGCAUCGCAAGAGCGGCCUGCAAGUGACGAGUGACACGCCUGUCAUGUAUUCGUAUUUGUAAAAUAUGUGAUUCCUGUAGCUUUGAGAUGACAUCAACAACAGCGCUCGUGCGAUCACAGCCUGCCCGCUGCUCCGUCGCUGAUACGC